AAUUACUUCAACGUGCUAAUCAACAUAUGCAAGAUGAACAAAAUAUGAUGCAGGGGUGGCAAGAGUUGCAAGAACAAAGUCAACAAGACAAUAAUAAUAUAGAUAUGCAAGAUGAAUACCACCCUCUGGAUGAACAAAACGAACAACCACCAUUACAGCAAAGGUGGCAAGAAGCCGAACAAUUAUCACCACAACAACAGAAUCAUCGAAAUUCAAUUAUCAAACAAGAAAAAGAAAUUGAAAGAGAGUUUGAACGUGAUAUUGAUCGGGGACAACACAUUUUAGAACAACAAUUACUGUUACAACAGUUACAAUUGCAAGAAAAAGAUAAAGAACAGCAACAACAUGAGAAGCAACAGUUGCAGCGACAAUUUCAUGAACAGGAGCAAAUACAAAUGCAACAGCGGCAGGAGCAAGAACAGAAACAAAUACAACUUCAGAUGCAGUUACGAUUGCAACAACAACAUCAGCAACAACUAUUACUUCAACAACAGCAGAUCUUACAAGAUCAACAACAUCGUCAACAGCACAUAAUGCAACAACAACAUCACCAACAGUUACUACUGCAACAUCAUUUUGAUCCCGAUCAAGAUGAUGAUGUGCUUAAAGAAGCUUUUUCCUAUCCAAAUAUAGGGAAUCUAGGAGGCAGUGGCAGUACACCACCACUGUCUCCUACAGGGAAAACAAAGUAUUCCACACACCCUCUCAUUGGUCCAAAUAGUGCUUUUAGUGAUACUAAUUCUGGAGUAACAAGUCUCUUUUCUGGUGGUCUAAAUUCGGAAUCAAGAAAACCAGAACAAUAUAAAUGGUUAUAUAGAGAUCCGAGUGGUAAUAUUCAAG